AUGGUUCUUCUUGGAAUGUGGGAACUUAAUUUUCAUGAAGUCAACUGGAAGUUUCUUUCUUGUAUCUUUAUUGCGAAAGUUACCAUCUUUUGUUUGGUACUGGUUAUCACCCUUCUUGCCUAUCGACCAGUAAACCUUGGUGUAGCUGGAAUUUAUGGUAUUUUUACCACUGCAAGCAAUGAUUUUGCUCUGGGUUAUCCAAUAUUGAAAGCUUUGUAUGGAAAUGAAUCACUGUACCUCAAGUACAUCUAUCUGUUUGCCCCAAUUUCAUUGGCGUUCCUUAAUCCAAUUGGAUUUAUUCUAAUGGAAACUCACAAUGCGAAUACAUUGACAAAUCUUCCUCAAAGACGAAGCAAAUUGAUGAGAUUUCUUCACAUAUUUAUAGACGUUAUCCGCAACCCCAUUGUCAUGAUGACAAUUUUGGGGAUAGCUUGCAAUCUUAUGUUUGGUCAAGAAGUUCCUGGAAUUUUAAAAAAUAUUCUUACAGAAUUAGGUAAUGCCUUUAGUGCUACGGCUUUGUUCUUCCUUGGUUUGAACCUGGUUGGGAAAGCAAAAAAACAGCUUGGAUUUGGAUUAGUUGUGCCUUUUCUUCUAAUUAUUACCAAAACUCUUUUACUGCCUUUGAUCAUUUGGGAAAUUGUCAGUGCUAUCCAACCUGGGUCGACUGUCAAUGAGACUGAAGCAUUUGGAACAUAUGGUUUUCUCUAUGGUACAUUUCCAACAGCUCCUUCAGUUUUUAUUUUUGCUAGUCAAUAUUCAAUGGCUGAACAUAUUGUUGCCAGUGGGUUGGUCCUGUGUACCAUCUUGUCUGCACCCCUUAUGUUUAUCUCUGCCAAAAUGAGAAUGAUGAUGUGUCAUCAUUCAAUCAAUUACACCCACCUGAUUCAUGACACAUCAUUUGACAUUAGCAUUCUUUCAUUGAUUGCUUGCGUUUGGGUUAUUGCUCUGUUAAUUAUGAGCAGUCGUUGGAAAAAAAUGCCUCAUCAGUUAACUUUGUGUUUGACAGUCUCUCAGAUGGUUGGUGCAGUUGGAGUAAUUUGUUAUCAUUUAAGAGAUGAAACCGUUUCUUGGCAGUCUCACGUUGAUUUUGCCUUAAUGAGCAUUGGCAAUUUGAGUUCCAUUUGCUGGACAUCACUACUCAGUGUUGUUAUCUGUGUUAUUCGUACACAGAGAACAACCAUUAUUUUCAGAAAUCUCAUUAUCAUUCUCUUGACUGGAACUGUGCUUCCUGUACUUCUCACUGGAAUCUUCCUUUUGUUUAGUUGGGAAAAUAGUUUUACCAAUUUUGAUCCGUCUUUUCAAUACGGUAAUAUUCAGGCAUAUGUACAGCUCUCUCUGAACCUUGUGUCGAUCAUCAUAACCACGUCGUCUUUGGUUUAUAGCCAACGCUACCUGGCUGCCUCCUACCAGUUACACAGAGCUCCCCAGAAUAGUUCCUCAAUAAAUAAUGGAGAUUUAUUAUUUAUCUAUCAAUUUCGGUAUGUUCAUUAUCUAUCUAUUUCGGUAUGUUCAUUAUCUAUCUAUCUAUUUUGGCAUGUUCAUUAUCUAACUAUCUAUCUUUGUAUAUUCAUUAUCUAUUUCAGUAUAUUCAUUAUCUAUCUAUUUCACUAUAUUCAUUAUCUAUCUCUCUAUAUUCAUUAUCUAUCUCUUUAUAUUCAUUAUCCAUCUAUAAAUAUAUAUAUCUUCAUUAUCUUUCUAUCUAUCUAUCUAUUUCAGUAUGUUCAUUAUCUAUCUAUCUAUCUAUCUAGCUAUUUCAGUAUGUUCAUUAUCUUUCUAGCUAUCUAUCUAUCUAGCUAUUUCAGUAUGUUCAUUAUCUAUCUAUCUAUCUAUCUAUCUAGCUAUUUCAGUAUGUUCAUUAUCUUUCUAGCUAUCUAUCUAUCUAUCUAUUUCAGUAUGUUCAUUAUCUUUCUAUCUAUCUAUCUAUUUCAGUAUGUUCAUUAUCUAUCUAUCUAUCUAUCUAUUUCAGUAUGUUCAUUAUCUAUCUAUCUAUCUAUCUAUUUCAGUAUGUUCAUUAUCUAUCUAUCUAUCUAUUUCAGUAUGUUCAUUAUCUAUCUAUCUAUCUAUUUCAGUAUGUUCAUUAUCUAUCUAUCUAUCUAUUUCAGUAUGUUCAUUAUCUAUCUAUCUAUCUAUCUAUUUCAGUAUGUUCAUUAUCUAUCUAUCUAUCUAUUUCAGUAUGUUCAUUAUCUAUCUAUCUAUCUAUCUCAGUAUGUUCAUUAUCUAUCUAUCUAUCUAUCUAUCUAUUUCAGUAUGUUCAUUAUCUAUCUAUCUAUCUAUUUCAGUAUGUUCAUUAUCUAUCUAUCUAUCUAUUUCAGUAUGUUCAUUAUCUAUCUAUCUAUCUAUCUAUUUCAGUAUGUUCAUUAUCUAUCUAUCUAUCUAUCUAUUUCAGUAUGUUCAUUAUCUAUCUAUCUAUCUAUCUAUUUCAGUAUGUUCAUUAUCUAUCUAUCUAUCUAUCUAUUUCAGUAUGUUCAUUAUCUAUCUAUCUAUCUAUCUAUUUCAGUAU